UUGCCCACCUUUUUGGAAAGAAUAUUGCCGUCGCGUCGAUCUCGUGGCCGCCGCCGCCGCCGCCGCGCGACCUCACCUCGUCCAGGAACGCGUGCGCUUCCGUCCGCGCCGCGCGAUUCGCCCUUGUGGUCUUUCGAGUCCACGUGCGAGACAACGCCGGCGGCGGCAGCAGGCGAGCGGGCCAGUGAGGUGGCAAGCGUGCGCCGGGGGCAGCGGGGCUUGCGCUGAGCGGUGGCCGCGGGCGAGCGGGAAGGUGCGGUGGCCGCUACGCACUACGGCGAGCAGCCGCGGAGGAAUAAUCAUGGCUUCGCUCUUCCCUUUGGCGAGAGCUACAACCGGUGGCGGUGUAUGCCCUGUGAAUUCCGAUAAGAGCAGCGCUGGGGUAUGCCCUGCAAAAUCUGACAAGAACAUCAGCGGUGUAUGCCCAGUCACCGGUAAGGACCACGGUAGCGAACAAAAGGAAAGUACUAACCAUGCCAAAGAAAAGAUCACCGAUCCUCGUGUGGUGCCGGCAAAGUGCCCAUUUGGCUAUGACUCCAACACGUUCAAGCUGGGCCCGCUUAGCUGCAUCAUCUGCCAGGCGCUGCUUCAUGAAAGCAGCAAAUGCAAGCCCUGUUCCCAUAAGUUCUGCAAGGCAUGCAUAUCAUGCUUUAAGGACUGCCCGCUGUGUGGUGCUGAUAUAGAGGGGAUUGAGCCUGACACUGAGGUUCAAGCCCUUGUUGAUCGCUUCAUUGAUGGCCAUGCCAGAAUCAAGCGGUCGCAUGCUUCAGGGGAUGCGGAAGCAGCAGCUGGCAAGAACAAGGUGAUAUAUGAGGAUGUUUCCAUGGAGAGAGGAGCUUUUCUGGUGCAGCAAGCUAUGAGGGCUUUUCGCGCACAGAACAUUGAAAGUGCUAAAUCGAGGCUCAGUAUGUGUGCAGACGACAUCAGGGAGGAGUUGAAAUCUUCAGAAGAUAACCUAGACCUAUGUUCUCAGCUUGGAGCUGUGUUAGGAAUGCUCGGGGACUGCUGUCGGACCUUGGGAGAUGCUCCUUCAGCAAUCACUUACUAUGAAGACAGUGCUGAGUUCCUUUCGAAACUACCCACAAAAGAUCUUGAGUUGGUUCAUACUCUCUCUGUUUCACUAAAUAAAAUUGGAGAUCUUCGAUACUAUGGCGGGGACCUCCAAUCUGCAAGAAGUUAUUAUGCCCGUUCAUUGGAUGUUCGCAGAAAUGCAGUAAAAGAACACUCAGCAGUGGCUUCUCAGGUCAUUGAUCUAGCAACUUCUCUUGCAAAAGUUGCGGAUGUGGAUAUAAAUCUUGGGAAUGAAAGCGCCGCAGUUGAGGGCUUUGAGGAAGCAAUUCAAUGCCUUGAGAAGUUGAAACUGGAUUCUGAACAAGCUAGUCUUGAGCAACGACGCCUCUCGGUUCUUGACUUUCUACGCAACCAGUUGGCUGAUAAGUAAGACACAUGGUCAUCCAAAGAGUGUACCAACAGCAGAUGUCUUCUCCUGGUAAUGGUGUUCAACUUUACUAUUCUUAUGCCUACGGAAGGAGUUGCUCCAGCCUCCAGAAAUGGUGAUUAGCGUCUGUACCACCACUUGAAAGUUUGCCGCGACACAAAUAAAUAAUCUAGCAUUGUACAUGUAUCUUGUGUCAGCUAAGCAAGGAGAGUUCUCUUACUGGCUGCCAAUAUGCCCAGGAGUCCAGGCUCUCUGGUCUGUCCCUUUCUUAACCUGAAACUGUACUUAAGAUGAAACUUCUGGGAAGCUUCUUCUUGUUUACCAUGUUACGUGUGAAUACAAAUCCCGUUGUAUAUUGACAAUAAGACAGGGAAAUAAUAAAGCAUGGCCCUUUUGUUUCUUUUA